AGGAAAAAGGGAGAGAAACGGAGAAAGACAGAGAGAUCUGGGUUGCAGUUUGACCAGGUCUGAACACGGAACCAGGAGCACACAAGUCCACGGAUUGUUCCUUUUCUGAUCCCGGCGCGCGCACAAGGAUAUUUUGGGAUCGCAAAAAAGAGUGCGCUGGAAUAGUGGAAAACAACCGGAAUGGUGAAUUCUGUGAGGAAUUGUCUGUGGAUUUUAUUCGCCGAGGAGCAGCUUCAUUCAUGUCACCAGACCCGCUGUUGAAGAGUGGAUUUGAAUGUGUUUCAAAGUCCGAAAACAUUUGAGAGCGUGCGACUAGUGUAUCUUUUUGCAUGGGAUUUUGGCAACAAAUGUCUUUGGUGUAGUUCAAAUCCGUAGUGCAUUUAAAAACUAAAACGUAUCGCACUGUAUAGCUCCACUUUCCAAACAUUGUUCACAUGUAGGCUACUUGACAGCGUUCUUCAAAAAUGAAUACGUUUCUGUGUAGCCUUGUGGUUGUUUGAUGUUUUCUGUUUUUUUUUUAAAUGCAAUAUAACAUUGUGCCUACAAAACUAAUGUGGUUUUGCCACCAAUAUACGGUGCUCGGCUGUGCACGCGCUGCACGGCAUUCGGCCAACAUUAAUGUUGCACGAGCUCAGAAAUAGUUUCAAAUCGCUGAGAUCUGAACGUAAAUAACUCAUCUAGAGUUUCAAGGUGUCGUAUGUUCAGGACGAAACGCUCAGGUCUUGUGCGGCGACUCUGGAGAAGCCGAUUGAUUCCAGAUAAAGAGGGGGGCGAUGGAUAUGGCAAGAGCGGCGAGGGGUCUCGAGACGAUCUGCUUGGCUCCAACCCAGAGAAAAUUCCCAAGACGGAGUUCAAACCGAUGACCCCGAGCGGGUCGCCUGGCGUGGACUAUGGGCAAGUGUGUACGAGGAAUCCCACUGCAAGCAGCGGUGGUGGCACCUCAGGGGGCGUUUUGGACCAAGAUGGGGGUACGGUGUGUACGGUGGGAAGCCCUCGGUCUGUGCAGGACAGCGAUUGUAGAACAGUCACUUGCUGUUUAUUUAAAGAUCGGGACCAUCAUUCUGGAUCUAGAAGCCCGGAGCGAGGCUCGUGCCAGUUCGUGCUGGGGAACAUUGGUUCUUCUCGGGACCCCGGUCCUCUUGAGAGCCAGGAGACGAAACCUCGCUCCGUCAUGGAGCAGGAGCUCAAGACCGCCACCUAUUCGCUAUUAAAAAGGCUAAAGGAGAAAACCUUGGAUACUUUGUUGGAAGCCGUGGAGUCCAAAGGAGGGAUGCCGAGCGACUGUGUGAUGGUAUCGCGGACCGAGUUGCGGUUAGGCGGCCACAUGGCUCCUCCACAGCUGCUCAUCUGUAAGCUUUACCGGUGGUCAGACCUGCAGCACACGGCCCAGCUUAAAGCGCUCUGUGAGUGCAAGAGCUUCGGAGCUCAGGACGGUCCGGUAGUGUGCUGCAAUCCAUAUCAUUAUAGCCGACUCUGUGGGCCAGAGUCACCCCCUCCUCCAUACUCAAGACUUUCCCCCAGCGAAGAACACAAGCCACUGGAUCUGUCAGAUUCCACACUGUCUUACACUGAAACAGAGGCUGCCAGCUCGCCUAACAUCACCCAACGGGACUUCUCAGGCGAACAAUGCGAUGAGAUUGUGGACUGCAAAUCCACAACGAAGAGAUGCGCAACACUGGAGACCCGUGCCGAGUUCAAACGGCCCAGAGGAGUGGCUCCUCUAACUGCAACUGGGGGCCAUUAUCUGCUCCUUUGUGUCUGCUUUAUGGGAAGAGGGUCCGGAUCACCACUCAGGGAGGAACUGGCAGACUAUUAUACUGGGCAGGGCUAG